AUGAACUUCAGUCUGACUGCUGCCUUAUACAUCCUCAUCAUCACUAAAUACGUGGUGGAAUCGACUCAUCCAUGUUCAAUUGUUCUUCACCUGCAAAAGAAAGAAAACGAGUGUAAACUGAAGAUUAAGACCAAAGCUGCAGCGUCACUGCAGAGGAGCAGUAACACAACAUCAGGUUGUGUGAUGGAGUGGGACGGAGUGAGCUGUUGGCCGGCUGCCUCUGAGGGAGAGAUCGUCUCCGUCCUCUGUCCUCUGCCGCUGCUGAAGCCCGAAUCUCCUCCAGUUCUCAUCACAAGGAGCUGCUCGGUCCGAGGAUGGAGCAAACCCAGCGUGCCGUAUUACGAGGCCUGUUACUACGAAGCUUCUGAGGAGGACGAAGACAUGGAGGAAGAGGAGGUAGAGCAGAUGAACUACUUUGAUACCCUGAAGCUGAUGUACAGCAUCGGAUACGGAGUUUCUCUGGCUGCUCUCCUCGUCGCUGCUCUGGUCUUCUGCAGCUUCAGGAAGUUGCUCUGCACGCGCAACUACAUCCACCUCAACCUGUUCGUGACCUUCAUGCUCAGAAGUCUCGCUGUGUUCAUCAAAGAUUCAGUGUUGUUUGCAGACAAAAGCACGGACCACUGCACCGUGUCCACACUCCGGUGCAAAGCAGCAGUGACGUUCUUCCACUUCUGCGUUUUGUCCAACUUCUCCUGGCUGCUGGUGGAGGGUUUGUACCUGCAGACGCUGCUGCUCUUCACCUUCGCUCAGACCAGGAAGCUCUUCUGGAUCUACGCCCCCAUCGGCUGGGGUACUCCAUCAGUGACUGUUGUUGUCUGGGCCCUGCUGAAACAUCAGUUGGAUGACGAAGGCUGUUGGGACAACCUGGAGAGCCGCUUGUGGUGGAUAAUCAAGAUUCCCAUUCUGCUCUCCAUCUUUAUGAACUUUGUGAUCUUCCUGAAUGUCAGUAGGAUCAUCGUUCAGAAGACAAAGGCCACACCUGUGAACCAAAGUGAGACCCAGCUGUACAGGAGACUCGUCCGCUCCACUCUGCUCCUCAUCCCUCUGUUCGGGCUCCACUACGUGGUGUUUGCUCUGUUUCCAGAACACGUUGGCGUGAGGCCUCGACUCUACUUCGAGUUGGUGUUAGGAUCCUUCCAGGGUUUUAUUGUUGCUCUGUUGUACUGCUUUCUAAAUGGAGAGGUCCAAAAAGAAAUCAAGAGGACGAUGAGAAGAUGGUGGCCUGAGACAAAAACUAACGCCAUCAAUCUUCCAACCCAAGAAUACGUCCCCUGA